GUAAACCUGUUCCUUCUCAAUUUCUCCAAACAGCGCCAUGGCGGACAGCGCCGGCCUGGCCGUGCUGCGGCCACGCGUGAACCGCGCCAGCGGCUCUUCCGCCGUUCCGCGGCGCACGGCGGUGAAGAGUGCGGCGAAGGCGAUGCUCGCGGGGAAGCGUCGCUCCAGUUCGGUUGAAGCAGUGGAGAGCUCCAGUGGUGGGGAGGCAGAGAGGCUGCAGCACGAGGCGCAGCAAGCCUUGGCACGGCUGAUGCACGAGAAGCGCCAGGAGCUGGAACAGAUCCGACAAGAGGCCAAGCAACGUCAGCUGGCGCAGCUGCGCUCACGCCUGCAGCAGCAACAGGUCUUGGUCACCGGCGCAACCUCUGAGCCUGCGGGGGCGCCCGCGCGGGCACCCGCGGAGCGGUUGCGGCGUCAGCUCCUGCGCGCUCGGGCUCCGGAGGAGGCGGAGUCUCUCCAGUCUGUGGAGAGUUCAUCAGAAGCUCAGCUGGCGGAAGAGGAAGAGGAGGAAGAAGAAGAAGAAGAGGACGAGGAGGAUGAGGAGGAAGAGCCGCGUCAUGUGAAGAGGAAGGCUCGCCGCAUGGACGAGGUGGAUCGAAAGCCUGUGCAGCUGAAAGCUAAAGCCGCUUCGAAGGCGCUUUUGAUUCCAAGAGCUCGAGGAGAAGGCUGAGAUGGCUGAGAUGGUGUUCGUGGCUGCGGCACUGCGGCAGAGAUGGUGCAGGGUGUUGCAGUUCGAAGACGCUCAUGUCGCGCAUGCGGUCAUGUAGCUGAGCAGCUUCUCAGAACCUGAGCACACCCAGAGGGUCACUGAGCAGCAGCUUCCAGAUCACGAGAUGUGCAGAUCAGCUCGACCUCGGUGAAGACAAAACAGGACGAGGACUCGAAGCGUUCCGCCGGUCUUCCUCCACUGCGUUCCACCCGGCGCUCCUCUUCGUUCAUCACGGCGCCGGCUUUCCUCGGCCGGGGCGGGCGGCCGAGCUGCGGACCGUGCGGCCGGUCGGCGAGGACCAAAAAGGGAAGCUCUGAGUGUCGGCGUUCGGCGGCGGCGGCGGCGGCGCAACGGGGAGGCUCGGAGGCUGCUCGAAGAUGCGGCGCAUGUUUGGAGUCAUUUUGGGGCCCACUUCAAUUAUA